GUCCCUUGCCAUGCGCCGGGAACUGAUGCGCACCGGGCGGAUCAGGUCGACGUCCUUUUCGUCAUCUUCUGCAUCUUCAUCGAGGCAAGAAGAUGAAAAAUCUUCCGAGAAGAAGAACAUGAACAAGCAAGAAGUGCUGGAUCACGACAUGAUUUUCGAGCAAGCCACGCAGUCCGUCCAACUGGCACAGGUAUUCGCGGAGGUGCUGCAGAACCAUAACCACGCCGUCUGUCAGCGGGUGGGCCACACCAGUUUGCGAGUGGAGAACAUCACCGCCGUGCCGGAAGUCCCUGUUGGAAGUGCAGCUGGUGGUGGUAAAAAUGCUACGGACCGCAGGGAGACAUCUUCGUCGGGCCGGGAAAUGAAUGCGAGAGGGAACAAGAAUAAACCUGCAGCAGUCGAAGAAGAGGUGAAGAGCCGAAAUGAUCGUGACGAGGUUCAUCUUAAAGAUGCUGAAACCGGUUCCUCGGACAAGCCCCAGCUGGAGCAGCAGCAGCAGGAAAAGGAGCUGUAUCACGAGUGGCUUUCCGUGUGGACUGCCGAGGCGGUGGGGGCGAAGCUGUUUCUUAUCAACGUCAACACAGGCGAUGCGAUUGACGCGGACACUGGGGAAGUCGUGAAAAACCAAGACUGUAUGGCCGCGGAAACGAAGAAAUUCCGGCGCGGCAAAACGCGGGCUGGCUUUGGUGCUUCUGCGGAUGAUGUUGAACUUGAAGUUGAAAGUAAAAGCAUGGAAGUAGUCGACUUCGAAGCAGGACCACGAGAGGACCAAGAGCAACAUCAGCAGGACCACGACCUUCAUGAUCAAAAUUCCCAGCACGACAGCAACGACGAUGACCACCAGAGAAAGUCUGCCCAAGAUGAAGUAAAACAAGAGGAAGUCCUUUCGGAUCUGUACUUUCGCAUCAGUGGCAACUCCUGCUUGGAUACGCACUGGAAAGCGAGCAAAGCGGAAGCAGGGUACGUCCCGGGAGUGCGCCCCACUUUGCUCGAAAGACAGAAGCCGCACACCUUCACCCCAACGGUGUCAAGCUUGUUCGACGACAGUACUAGCAGCGACAAUAUUAAACCUCCGAGAACUGUGGAUUGCAAAAAUGUCUGGGUCUGGAAGAAUGCAACUUGUGAUGCUGCAUUUGGAUUCCAAAAAAAUUUGUAUUGCAUGAGUAGCAAAAGGAGUAUAAUUUUUGCUACAAUGAUAGGGCAUUCGCAUUUAUUGUCAUGCGGAAUAGGCAUCAAGUUCAAGAUGCCCUCAAAAAAUAUGUUUAUGUGAUGCUAGGGCGUGCAUCACAGACAUCAUGGCUCAUGCAAGACGUGCAUCACAAGUUUCAGAAUCUUCCAGACUCAGACAUUUUUACAGUUGAUAAGAACGAACACCUGGACGAGCAAGAAAGACGCGCGGGAGCAGCCGCUGCCUUGUACGAAAGAACCCAUUCAGUGCAGUGUCGGAGAGUUAUUCUGAGUAAAAACGUCCCCACCCCAGAGUUCUUGUCAUGCAAAUCUGCUUGUCAAAGAGGUUUCUAAUGCGGAGCGCCAUGAGAGGCAUUUUCUAGUCGUGUUUUGGAAUUUGUGAUGCUAUAAUCAGCAUGAUAUGCUAGAUCUGUGAUGCUGCUGAACUACCUAAAUAUGAUUACACUACGAGGACAAACUUGUCAUGCGAAACAACCAAAGCUGGCUGAUUUGUCUAGCAGAUUUUCCAUCUUGUUGAUGACUCGGGUGUGGGGACGUUUUUCCUCAGAAUAAGAGUUGAAAUCUGUUUUGACCCGCUUGCAAUUGGACGCCAUGCACAUGUUGGAAAACUCGGAAGCACUGCACCAUGCGGCCUCGAGCAACCCAGACCCAUUGAUGAAGCUGCUUGAAACGGCAGCAAGGGAGGGGGCUGGGCCGGGGACCUCGCCCUCUGCGGGCCAGAGUCAGAAGCCGUUCGCAAGUCUCAAGGCUGUGCAAGAGUAUUCAUAAUUGAUGACUCUUCAUGCAUAAAGAUUUGCUUUAGCUUUUGAUUUUGUUUUUGAUGCACGCAAGGGAUACAUACUUUUCGAGGGCACCAGCUCGAAUUUCGUUGAUCAAUUUCUACUAAUUGGUCGUGCGCGACGUCGACGUUGUGUCUGAUUUUGAUACUCAGGUACUGGCGUCACGUACUGUAUUCUUCCCGUCUUUCCCACGAGCACGUGCAGAACCCAAAGAACACCGCCGAGCGACUCUUGAUGGUAGACCGAGCGCACCCGCUGGUGCCCCGAGAUUUGAUCAACCAGCUGGCCUCGAGCAUUUACGCCGCCGAGCAGCACCACGGACGAAACGUGGCGAGUCGGUUGUUUCGCACGCACCUGCGGCCGCUGAUCCAGCGGAACGGGCUGCACUACUUUCUGGCCAUCAGCGGCAAAGACGUGGAGAACACGAUGUAUGUACCCAUCGCAAAUACGUGGUCUGGGUCUGGAAAAAUAAAGCCUGUCUUUUUUGGCUAGCAUGAGCCUGGAAAAUCUGUAUUGCGUAAACCCUCUUCUGUCAUGCAAAAAUGCAGUAGUUUCUCAUGCGCGCUCUGGAUGAGAAGGCUCAAUGAUAAACACUCCAAUACCACGACAAUGUUCCAGGCCCGGACAUAUUUGCAAUCCAUACCCCCACUGGCUGUAUAACUACGUGAAGCGCCAGGACUACCAGCGGGAGCUCCGGGAGUUCACGUGGCUGCAAGGGGUGGAAUCGGCUUACGCGGUGUGCAAGCUGUUUUUGGAAAAAACCUUCGGAACAAGCGCCACUGCUGUUGGAAGUUCGACUUUUGAGGUGCCGAUGUACAACCCCCGCACCAGCAGUGAUGAAGAAGCAAUAUACCAGGCCGCCGUGGUGAUCCACGAGCGAUUUUCUAACAUAGCAAAUGAGGAGGGGCUCCUUUUCUUACAAUCUCUUUUCGCGGAACUACAUCAGGACUUCGGAGAUUUUUCGCAGCAUAAAAAAAACCAGUUCGAUAAAAAAACGUUUUACCAUCUGCGAAAGGUGGACUCGAACUUACUCGUCCACCGCAUGCAGAGCGUCGCGAAGCGCGAGAUGGCGGUUAUCAAAGUGAAAGAGCAGUUGGAGAUGGAGCAACUGUUGAAAAAAAGUUCUUCUUCAGACAUAGAAAAACUUACUUCUCGAAAUAAACAAGUAGAAGAAGAAGAAGUGCCAACUCUUGGCCAGCUGCACCUCGAGCAGCACUCCGAAGAGGGAGGACAAGCAGAAGAAAAAACCGCGGACGUGACGAAAAAAAACCUCCCGAUAGUUCUCCGCGAAGUCGAGUUGGCGCUGAAGGGCGCUGUGUCCGCGAGUUUCGCGCGCACCGUGCAUCGGCAGAUUCAGAACGACCGAUUCAAAUCUGAAGUGCACUUUGUGCAGUCUUUGGUAUUGUCUCUGGUGCAGCAGUACCUCCGGUCAGUUUACAACACAGACAGGAGGACAAGAAAAAUGAAUACCCGUACUGGACCUGGACAAGACGAUAGUGGCACAAGUAGAAGUGCCAGAAGUUCUUCGCCCCGCCCAGGUUUCGCCACGUCGUUUCCCCAAGCUGCGUGGAAAGAAGGUCCACCAAAUCAGCACAUCCCCAAGAACAUUAAUGCGAGAGGGGGACGAGGACAAGCUAUGUUGAGAGACCUGAAACGAUUCCUGCGCCCCUUCUGGCCGCGCAUCACCGAGCGCUGGCGCGCACGUACCGGCUGCGAUGAGCAGUGCGCUCAGGGGUUACAGAAGGCCGGCAGCGUCGCUGCGCACGUGCAGAUCAUGCGUCUGCUUCCGCACAGCUUGUCCUUUCUGCUGCGGGCGCUGUUGCUGCGCAGCAGGGAUUGCGUGCAGGGAGGUUCUUUUUCAUCUGGUUGGGCGACAGGAACGAAAAAGCGCAAAAAAAGGCAGGGGACCUGUCUAACGAACAACCUGCGUGAAGGUUCUGUGCACGACAACAAGAAGUCCAAUCGUCGUUCAACAGCUGGUGGACGACCUCGUGCGCUCCUAGACCCGGCCCGAUUGGAACAUAUUCUGGUCGCAGCGUCGCGCCUGGCGAAGUACGUGGUUUUGUUCCAGCGCAGCAAGCACGUCUGGCAAGACUUGGAGGGCGUCUUACCCGUCCUCGCUGUGGAUGUCGCGGAUCUGUUCGGACCGCAAGUGCUGAACGACGAAAGAUGUAGUAGUGCAAGUAGCGUGCUACAACAAGAAGAACAACUCCCAAGAAGGAGAGCUACGUCAACAAGUCGCAGCAAGAAAAAAUUUGCUACGAAAAGAAGUCCUGACCACUCCAAAAAUCCACCGGGCAGCAGAACCUGCCGCCCCGUGACGAUUGCGAACGCGUUUUUGACCCUGAUUCGUGCGUACGGACUCAAGCCUGCGAAGACGCAGAAACUGACGAUCGAGCGGUUUUGGUGGCUGAUUAAUGCCGCUGUGGAAAUGAGUGCGUACUACGAGACCGUGAUUCGGGGUUCGCGGGUGGAUUUCUGGCACCAGAUUAGGUCGUCCGCGUGGAGGUCCUCAAAGAUGAACAAGCGGGACGAGUUCGAGUUGGAUUAUCAAAAGUUGGCACAACCGGAAGAACAAAAGCAAGACCUUGAUCAUGUAGCCAACGCGGUUUCUCUGCAUCGCAAGAUGGAGGCCGCUUGGUUUGCGCGAAUACAGGAGGAGAGUCUGUACGCGGGUGUUGGCACCCGCGUCCGGCUGCGCAGCCCCGUGGAGGAUUUCUUAGAGGGGGCGGAAGGAACGGUUGUCGCGAUCCAUCCAGACAAGAAGGUUCUCGUGAAAUUUUCCGGCUCCACCGCGCUGCGGCACCCUGAGUGGGCGGAUGUCACUGCGGCACUGCCGCGGUCGGACGUGCUGAGCCUGCACGGGGCAGAAGCAGACGACGUGUCUGUGUGCGACACGAGCUGUUUGAUACACAUUGCCAGCGUGUGGCGCAGGAGCAGGUGCAACGCAAGACCGGAAUCGUGUCAAAAUUAGUGACUUGUUUUCUCACGUGAAAGUAGUAGGUGGGGGCUACUACUCUAGUGCUGUUUUAGGUAGUACGGCUAGACAUAGUAGUGGUACAUCAGCUGUACAUACUAUAUUCGCGGCUGUGAAGCUCCUGCGAAGGGGCAGUUGGGUCUACAUUAUGCCAUUGCAUGACAACAUAAACAUUACAAUUACAAAUAACGAUACGGUUUCUGACCGUUCUAUCUCGUGAAUCUUACGUAGCAGUACAUCCCGAAUCUCAAUUUCAAAGAAAAAAACCGAUCAAGAAUACUUACGUCAUCUAGAAGUAAAAAAGUGCUCCUAUUAGGCUUAGUUAGGUGGAAGCGCUGCGCACUGCGGUCAAAUGGGUGCUUAUCAGUAGGCUUGUGGUCGCCGGUUUGACGGAAUGAAAUUUGAAAAUCACAACCUUGAACGGGCGGCCAGCAGUAUCUGGACGAAUUUACUGACUGCAGGAACAAAAUAAAUGAAGAUAACACGACGACCGAAAUGGCGAGAAGCCGUCUAGUAGCACCGGCGAUUUAUCGAUUCUCUCG